AGCUCAAGCUGUAAGCUCUUCUGAGGUAAACUUGUGAUUUCUUACCACCAAACCAUGCAUUGGGAAAGGAUAUAAAUUAUUGGAAAAACUGGUUGAAACCCAAUUAAUGAAAGUGAAAGAAUAAAAGACUGAUAUAAGGAUAAAGCGUGAAGGACAAAGAAAAUCCUGAAAAGCAUGUUGUUAUGGAAUCUGAAGAACAGAAUACCCUACUUCUACACACUGAGGAGGGAGCUGAUGCAAAGAGCUUUGAAGAUAUUGGCCAAGACUUGAAUACUGUUGUGGAAGGUAAUGAAAACCAAGGAGUUGUACCUAUAAAAACUGUGAGUGAAAAUGUCCAACUCAUUUUAGAUACAAGUCUUUGUGAAAUGGUAGAAAAACUAGAAACAGUUGAAUGCCAAAAGAUGAAGUAUGAAGUGAAAACUGAAGAAAGAGAAGAGGUAUUUUUCUCAGUUAAAGUAGUCCAGAGUGAUACCUUGUCCACAGACACUAUGGAGUCAGACAAUCCCUUAUGCAAGGUAAUUACAAAUGAGAAAAUUGAUUCAGCUCAAUUAAUAAUGGGGGACAGUCUGUCAAAAGAACCAGAAAUGAAAAUUGGGUCUUUAGGAAUAAUUUCUGACCAUAAGGAAUCCAUAAGUGAAGAUAGACUGGGUUAUGCAAUAGGUGAGUCUUCAUCAGCACCUGCAGAUAAAGACAGUGAGGAACAUAUCAGAAUAAAGGAUAAUAAUUUACCCAAGGAAGUGAAAGAAGUAUUUCCUUUUGGAGAGGAGGAUACAUGCAGUUGCUUUAUUGAGACCUUGACCCCAAACCCUAUCGCUUCACAAACCUACCAGGAAGAAGAGGGAUUGUCUCCAGAUUUGAGAAAUUGUGCAUCAUCCGGAGUAAAAUUGGAUGGAAUUAUUAGUUCUGCAGUGAACCUUGCAGAACAGUCCGAUAUUGAGAAAGACUUUGCAGAGAGAUACUUUUAUUUACAAUCUCAAGAACUUUGCUUAGAAUCUCAUGAGCUUGGACCACCAAAACUGGAAUGUCAACAGUCAGAAAAUUUUUAUUUAACAGAGAAAGAUGUAAAUAAGACUGGAAUUGUAACUACUGAUAUGAAAAAUGAUGUGAACUGUCAUUUUACAAAAGAAAGUCAUCUUGGAGAAAAUGAUGAAACAGUAGGCAAAGAAAAAAGUAAAAGCUUGCUGGAAAAUUAUGAUACACAAAAGGCUGAAAUUUCCAUGACACUGCAAUUGGCAAAUGAAGCAAUAGAUUUAGAUGGUAAUAGAUUUAGCGAACAUCCACAGCCAAUUGAAACAGAAGUAGGAAUUUUUACAAGAACACAGCUGAAGGAAACGCAUGCUAAGAAGGAGCAGGAAAGUAAUGUAACUGCAACUGAAAUUGUUUCUGAAUGUAAUUUACUGACUACAUGUCCUAUACAGGAUGAUCAGGUGGAGCUCACAGUAAUUAACAGAGUACUGACAAAUAUUGAGGACAGGCCUUUGCAGGUUUCAGAAAAUAUAUGUUUAAAUGCUGCCAAUGGCCAGGAACAAAACAAAGAAUUGGAACAUUCAAUUUCUAAUGAGGAGAUGGAUUCACAUGCUUUGGAAGAGAUGGCAAAAUCUUUGCUGAAUGAAGCAUCAGUAGAAAAUGGAUUUCGUGAAAAUCUACCACCUAUUGAAACAGAAGAAAGGAUUUCUACAAGAACAGAGCUAGAGGAAGCUUGUGCUGAGAAGGAGCAGGAAGACAAUAUAACUGCAAAUGAAAUGGUUUCUGAAUUUAAUUUAGUGACCACAUCUCCUAGACAGGGUGAUAAGGCGGAGGUCACAGUAGUUAACAGAUCAUUGACAAACAUUGAGGACAACUCCUUGCAAAUUGCAGAAAAUAUAUGUUUAAAUGCUGCAAAUGGCCAGGGACAAAACAAGGAAUUGGAACAUUCAAUUGCUAAUGAGGAAAGGGGUUUACAUGCUUUGGAUGAGAUGACAAAAUCUUUGCUGAAUGAAGCAUCAGCAGAAAAUGAAUUUAGUGAAAAUCCACAACCCACUGAAACAGAAGAAAGGAUUUCUACAAGAACAGAGCUGGAGGAAGCAUAUGCUGAGAAGGAGCAGGAAGUUGAUAUAAAUGCAAAUGAAAUGGUUUCUGAAUACAAUUUAGUGACCACAUCUCCUAGACAGGAUGAUCAGGCAGCGAUCACAGUAGUUAAUGAAGUACUGAGAAAUGGUGAGGAUGAGCCUUUGAAAACUGCAGAAAAUGUAUGUUUAAAUGCUGCAAAUGGCCAGGGACAAAACAAGGAAUUAGAACAUUUAAUUGCUAAUAAGGAAAGAAGUUCACAUUCUUUGGAUGAGUUGCCAAAAUCUUUACUGAAUGAAGAAUCAGUAGAAAAUGGAUUUAGUGAAAAUUUGCAACCCAUUGAAACAGAAGAAAUGAUUUCUACAAGAAGACAGCUGGAGGAAGCAUUUGCUGAGAAGGAGCAAGAAGGGGAUGUAACUGCAAAUGAAAUGGUUUCUGGAUAUAAUUUAGUGACCACAUCUCCUAGACAGGAUGAUCAGGCGGAGGUCACAGUAGUUAAUGGAGUACCGAGAAAUGGUGAGGAUGAGCCUUUGAAAACUGCAGAAAAUAUAUGUUUAAAUGCUGCGAAUGACCAGGGACAAAAUAAGGAAUUAGAAUAUUUAAUUGCUAAUGAGGAAAGGGGUUUACAUGCUGUGGAUGAGAUGACAAAAUCUUUGCUGAAUGAAGCAUCAGCAGAAAAUAAAUUUUGUGAAAAUCCGCAACCCAUUGAAAAUGAAGAAAUGAUUUCUACAAGAACACCGCUGGAGGAAGCAUAUGCUGAGAAGGAGCAGGAAGGUGAUGUAACUGCAAAUGAAAUGGUUUCUGAAUAUAAUUUAGUGACCACAUCUCCUAGACAGGAUGAUCAGGCGGAGAUCACAGUAGUUAAUGGAGUACCGAGAAAUGGUGAGGAUGAGCCUUUGAAAACUGCAGAAAAUAAAUGCUUAAAUACUGCCAAUGACCAUGGACAAAACAAAGAAUUGGAACAUUCAAUUGCUAAUGAGGAAAGGGGUUCGCAUUCUUUGGAUGAGAUGCCAAAAUCUUUGCUGAAUGAAGCAUCAGCAGAAAAUGAAUUUAGUGAAAAUCCACAACCCAUUGAAACAGAAGAAAGGAUUUCUACAAGAACACAGCUGGAGGAAGCAUAUACUGAGAAGGAGCAGGACGGUGAUGUAACUGCAUAUGAAAUGGUUUCUGAAUAUAAUUUGACCACAUCUCCUACACAGGUUGAUCAGGCUGAGGUCACUGUAGUUAAUGGUGUACUGAGAAAUGGUGAAGAUGAGCUUUUGAAAACUGCAGAAAUUAUUUGUUUAAAUGCUGCCAAUGACCAGGGACAAAACAAGGAAUUGGAACAUUUAGGUACUAAUGAGGAAAAGGGUUCAAAUGUUUUGAAAGAGAUGACAAAAUCUUUGCUGAAUGAGACAUCAACAGAAAACACUGAGAAUAUUUCUGAUCAUAUGUAUUCUCUAGGUUUCCAUCUUGAUAAAAUGUCUAAUUCAUUGGGAGCAGACAAUGAGGAGACUGAAAGCAUUAUGCAAACACAUAUUGGAAUUUCAUUCACAGCCAAUAGUCUUUCAGAUCUUGACCUAAUAAGUGGAAAUGUCUUAACUUUAGGAACCUCCAAUGAUAGCACACAUCUUAAUUCUUAUAUUUUAGAUGAUGAUUUUUCAGGCAUGAAUCCUUCAGUUGAAGAAACAGUUUUAAAAGAUGGAGACAGCAGGACAUUGCAAGAUUCCAGCACAGAAACACAGUUGAUCCUUUCAGGAAAAAGCUUUCAAGUGAAUCAUAGCAGCAUUAUGCCAGUAGAUUUUACUUAUCAAAAUGAAAUCAAUACAAACAUUAAUCUUGAAGAAGUUGUUCUAACAACAGAAAUCCCUGAUAGUCCAAAUGGUUCAUCAGUUUUUACAGAUGAUGAACUUUCUCUUUCUACUAGCCUCCAGCAAGGUCUGCAACAUCUGGUUUUAACAUGUGAUGGCAAUGAACAUUUCUUUAACAGCUCUGAAGAGGAGUUUAGUUUAAAUGAAGAUAAACACUGGAAGAAGGAUUCUGGCAUCUAUACAGGAUUUAAGGACUCUGAGUUUAUUACUGAACCUAAGACAAAUGCAAACAUAUUCUUUAGUAGCAUUGAGAAGACAAUAAUAGGAACACAUGACACUUCUACAGAAUUAAAUUGGCCAAUAGAAGACACACAUGAAAACAAAUUCAGUGAACUUUGUAACAAACAAAAAGAGUUUAACCAAAUAUCAGAAGAAGCAGAAAAAAUUUCAUUAAGCACAGACAUGGUGUAUAUUGAGUCAAAGAGUGAUGAGUUGUUAUCUAAAAAUGUUUAUCUUUAUGAUCAAGUAACCUGUUUUACUGAUAGUUCGAACUGUGAACUUUGGAAUGACUCAUCCAAAAAUACUAUAGAGUCGACUGUAGAAAUUCCAUUUGAUCUAGAUAUGCAAAAUAACAAAUAUUCCAAAGACAUUGAAAACAGGGACUGUGAAGCAUCAGAGUUGAAUUUAAGUGAUACAACAUUACAAGUCCAUGCUUUCAGUUUAAACCACUCUGAAAAGACAUACUCUGUUUUUCCUGAGAUCCAUGAUGAUAACCUGCAAUUAAGAGAACAUGUGGAACACAAAAACAGCACAUUUCCUAAAAGAACCAAAGCCAGCUUUUCUGUAAAUUCUGAAAGAGCUGAAAGUAAGACAAACACAAGUAUCUGUAAAGAUUCUGUGGACAAUCCACAUGAAAGGCCUCGUAUUCAUGUCUAUUGUGUGAUAGGUCAGCAUAUGCCAAUUUCGAAUGUUCAAGAAGAGAGUUCACUGAUAAGGGCGGAGACAGAAAGUCCUAAUUAUCAAGAAGAAGACAAAGCAACCUCUUGUAAGGUGUCAACAAACACCACUGGUGAUUUGACAGAAGAUAUUCAAAAACAUGAAGAUGUCCAUGACAACUGCAGCAAUGCUGUUCCUUCAACUCCAGGGUCAAAGCCCUUCAUGUACAGACAAAAUGCAUUUGAGGAGAGUGCAAGUUUUAAUUCUGUCAUGGCCCAUGGAGACCAAAACAAUAUUCUUGAAAUGAGAGAACGAGAAACGUGGACAACUGAAGAGUUUAGUAAUCCAUCUUUGCUGUUCUCAGGGACAUCUGCUGCUCCUAAUUCUGGCAAAGGAACUGCUUUACCUUUUUAUACAACAUCAAGUGAUGACUCAUCUGAAGCAGCUCCAGUGGAAUUAUUUGCCACAGAGGAAGAACUAAAGUCAGCAGAUUCAGGGCUUGAAUUUUCUAGUAUUCCUGAAUUGGUCGAAAAAGUUCUGCAAAAAGGAGAAGCCUCUCCAAAAAUCAUGCUUGGUAAGGCAAUCAGCUGGCCAUGUCACGGAAGAGAAAGUCUUAGGGUUCAUGCCUCUGAGAUGGUCCUGGAAAAUGAUGAGGCACAAAGCUUCAAAAACCAAGGGCUACAGGCUCGGAAACGUAGAAGAGGGUUUCGGAGAACUGAAAAGUCAGUUUCCUGCCUAGAUGAAAAGGAGCAGCAUGAUCUGGACAAAGAUUUUUCCAGUUCAAAGGGGAAUGACUUAGAUGAAACUGUUCAGAGGGGAAGUUCCAAAAUCACACCGACCUGCACCCAACUCUAUCAAGAAUAUGAUGCUGUUGCGCUUGAAAGACAGAUUAAACGACAGGCUCGCUCUGAUACUCUCAUGGAUGAAAGUAGCCCACCUGUCAAUAGGAAAACACAUGCCAGAAAUGCACCUCGCCUCUCACUGUGCUCCCAAACAAGUCAGUCUCUGUGGCAAGAUUUGCCAGGUGUUCGUGGGAGCAGCCACCUGGAGGCUCUCAGUGAAAAGAGUCGGAAACUUCAAGAGAUGAAAUUUGAGCUUGUCUCCUCCGAAGCAUCGUAUCUCCACAGUUUAAACAUUGCUGUUGACCAUUUUCAGAGAUCUCCAGCAUUAAAAGCUGUGUUAAGUCCCCAGGACAAAAUGUGGUUAUUCUCCAGGUUGGCAGAGGUUCGAGAGAUCAGUUACAGGUUCCUGGCAGACUUGGAAGAACGGGUAGAGCAGAAUGUUCUGAUGUUUGAUGUUUGUGAUAUUGUUUUGAAGCACAUUCCAAAUUUCCAGUCUAUCUAUGUGCCGUACCUCAAGAACCAGUCAUAUCAAGAAAAAACAUUUGAAAGACUGAUGGAAACAAGUUCUCAGUUUCGGCGAGCUGUUGAAGAACUUGAGAAGAGUCCAUUGUGUCAAAGAUUACCUCUGAGGUCUUUUCUGGUUUUGCCCUUCCAGAGAAUCACAAGACUCAAGCUACUUGUCCAGAACAUUUUGAAGAAAACGUUACCUGGUUCCAGAGAGGAGGAACAAGCAACAAGUGCUCUUCAUGGUCUGGAAAAGCUUAUUCAGCAGAGCAAUGAGAGUAUCAGGCAAAUGCGCAGUAUUGAAAACCUUGUGUCUCUUAGCAGAAGGGUGGACUUCCAGUGCAGAAUAUUUCCUUUGGUCUCACAGGCUCGUUGGUUACAGAAAGAAGGUGAGGUCACUCAUCUUUUGGAAGAAGGGAAUGGUCGAAUUAGCAAGAAAAGUGUAUACCUCCACCUCUUUAAUGAUGUCCUGCUGCUAUCACACCCUAAAGAAGGAGGUCGUUUCUCAGUUUUUGAGUACAACUCAACAAGAAAGCUACGGGUGGAAAACUGCCAGAUGAAACUUCACUCACUACAGAAGAACCUUUUCCAGCUUCACUUAUUUGAGACCAGCGAGGGGUGCAAGGCCUCUUUCGUUUUUCGCACUGAAAAGCAAAGUGAAAAAUUUCGGUGGAUCUCUGCCCUCUCACCUCCUCCUCCCAAGAUCGAUUAUUUUGGCUGUAAUGAUUGUAAGCAGGUCCAGUGUAUACGAGCAUAUGUUGCCCAGCAGCCAGAUGAACUAUCUUUGGAGAAAGCUGACCUCCUCCUUGUCCACCAGCAGACCUCUGAUGGCUGGACUGAGGGCACCCGAGUGAGUGAUGGUGAAAGAGGCUGGUUUCCAAAUUCUCACAUUGACCUUAUUGUCAGCCAUCAAGCACGCCUGAGAAAUCUGAAAGAGAGGCAAAGAAUAGUUAAUGCCACCUGUCGACGGCCAAAUUCGUGACCAUGAUGAGUCUUACUAAUAGCAUAUGACAUACAAAAAACUGCUACGGCACUGCUCAGUAUUAUAACUUUCCAUUUAAGAUGAUGGUUGUUAAUUUCCCAGCUCCCUAUCAUUGAUACUUUGGGAUGCCACUGUAACAUGGUUUUUUCCCAUCAGGUUAGAGGGAAAACAAGUAAUAUAACUGUUUUUUUUGUUGUCUAUUUCCUUUCAUCUACUGCAUUUGCACCUUGUGUAAUUCUUUUCAGUUCUAGUCAGUCCACAAAAGGAGCUUCUUCAUGCUUUGUCUAAGUUUGCACAUUCACUUGAUGCACUACAUUAUAAAAUUCAAAAGAUUAAUGAUUUUCUUUUUGCAAGCUGAAAGCUAUUUAAGCAAAACUUUUAAUCUAAUGUGUUUAUGUUAUAUAAUAUUAAAACUGUUGUAAAAAGCAAAAUAAAUGUUUUCCUAUAAAAAUGCACCUAAUCUUUUAAGUCUGUGUAAAAGGAAAGGAAAAGUCAAUAUCUUUGGAGUAAUAUGUACAUUU